AUGCCUAAAUUUACAGCAGUCUUGACUCAUGGCAUGGUUCUCUUAGCACUUGUUUUUCCAUUCUUACUUAAUAGCUCUGCCAAACAUGGACAUUCCUUAACCCGCCAACGGCAACACCAUGUCCAUCACCAAAGUCAGAGCAACAACACCAUGAACAAAGCCACAUCAAACCACAACCUGCAACAAGCGUAUAUUGCUUUUCAAGCUUGGAAAAGAGUCAUCUACUCUGAUCCCAGCAACAUCACUUCAAACUGGAUUGGUCCAUCAGUAUGCAAUUAUACAGGAGUCUAUUGCGCCCCCUCUCCCAAUAACACCAAAGUUCAAGUUGUGGCUGGCAUCGAUCUCAAUCACGCUGAUAUUGCUGGUUUUCUACCUGAGGAACUAGGCCUCCUGUCGGAACUUGGCUUGCUUCAUCUCAAUAGCAACCGAUUCUGUGGCAUUCUGCCUCAAUCAUUUGCAAACCUCACCCUGCUCUUUGAGCUAGACCUCAGCAACAACAGAUUUGUAGGCCCUUUUCCUACUGUUGUGCUUUCACUUCCUAGCCUGAUAUAUCUUGAUCUUCGCUUCAACGAGUUUGAGGGGCCACUACCUCCUGAACUCUUUAACAAAAAAGGCCUGGAUGCAGUGUUUGUCAACAACAAUCGCCUUACUUCGGUAAUCCCAUCAACCUUAGGCUCCUCUUCAGCAUCUGUGGUGGUAUUUGCAAAUAACAAGUUUGGCGGUUGCCUUCCUCCAAGCAUAGCCAACUUUGCCAACACUUUAGAAGAACUGGUGCUAAUCAACACUAGUUUGUCAGGGUGUUUACCACCUGAGGUGGGUUACCUGUACAAACUUAGGUUAUUAGAUGUUAGUUCAAACAAUAUAGUCGGUCCACUACCUUACAGUCUAGCAGGAUUAGCUCACUUAGAGGUGCUCAACGUAGCUCAUAACAUGUUCACAGGAACCGUGCCUGGUGGAAUCUGCAUAUUGCCUAACUUAUCUAACUUCACAUAUUCCUUCAACUUCUUCUGCGAGGAGGAAGGCAUUUGCAUGAACCUGACAUCAAAAGGAGUUGCCUUUGAUGAUCGACGGAACUGUUUGAAAGACAAGCCUCUUCAGAGGAGUAAGAAGGAAUGCGACGCAGUGAACGAGCAUCCUGUGGACUGCUUCGACUACCAUUGUGGUGGUUCUACUGCUACUGCUCCUGCCCCGGUGCCUCUACCCUCGCCUCCCAGCAGUUAG